AUGGUAUGUCUAUGCUGCUGUCUGUCUGACUGUUAUGACUGAGAUACUAUGGUCUGUGUUGCUGAGUUUUAACUGACACAUGGUCUGUUGCUGUGUCUGUUGUGCAGGCGGAGUGGCGAGAGGAGGUGAAGCAGCACUUUGAAAAGAUCAAGUCUGAGGGGACGUGUAUACACAGAUUGGACGAGGAGAUGAUCAUACGACGCAAAGAGGAGCUCAGGUACAGGGAGAGUAUUAUGGAUGGAUGAAUGAAUAUUUGAGUGAGUGAGUGAGUGAGUGAGUGAGUGAGUGAGUGAGUGAGUGAGUGAGUGAGUGAGUGAGUGAGUGAGUGAGUGAGUGAGUGAGAAGGCAAGGGAAUGAACAUACAGUAAUAAUCCUACAAUAGAUACAUACAUACAAACAUACAUACAUUGCUACAUACAUACAUUGCUACAUACAUAAAUACAUACAUACAUACAUACAUAUAGUGCAUUCGCAAAGUAUUCAGAACUUUUGACUUUUUCCACAUUUUGUUACAUUACAGCCUUAUUCUCAAAUUGAUUAAAUAAAUAUUUUUCCUCAUCAAUCUACACACAAUACCCCAUAAUGACAAAGCGAAAACAGGUUUUUAACAUUUUAGCAAAUGUAUUAAAAAUAAAAAACUGAAAUACCUUAUUUACAUAAGUAUUCAGACCCUUUGCUACGAGACUCAUAAUUGAGCUCAGGUGCAUCCUGUUUCCAUUGAUCAUCCUUGAGAUGUUUCUACAGCUUGAUUGGAGUCCACCUGUGGUAAAUUCAAUUGAUUGGACAGUAUUUGGAAGGGCACACACCUGUAUAUAUAAGGUCUCACAGUUAACAGUGCAUAUCAGAGCAAAAACCAAGCCAUGAGGUCGAAGGAAUUGUCCGUAGAGCUCCGAGAGAGGAUUGUGUCGAGGCACAGAUCUGGGGAAGGGUACGAAAACAUUUCUGCAGCAUUGAAGAUCCCCAAGAACACAGUAGCCUCCAUCAUUCUUAAAUGGAAUACGUUUGGAAACACCAAGACUCUUCCAAACUGAGCAAUCGGGGGAGAAGGGCCUUGGUCAGGGAAGUGACCAAGAACCCGAUGGUCACUCUGACAGAGCUCCAGAGUUCCUCUGUGGAGAUGGGGGAACCUUCCAGAAGGACAACCAUCUCUGCAGCACUCCAGGCAUAAGCCACUCCUCAGUAAAAGGAACAUGACAGCCCGCUUCGAGUUUGCCAAUGAGCACUUAAAGGACUCUCAGACCAUGAGAAACAAGAUUCUCUGGUCAGAUGAAGCCAAAAUUGAACUCUUUGGCCUAAAUGCUAAGCGUCACGUCUGGAGGAAACCUGGGAUGUUUUUCAGCGGCAGUAUCUGGGAGACUAGUCAGAAUCGAGGGAGAGAUCCUUGAUGAAAACCUGCUCCAGAGCGCUCAGGACCUCAGACUGGGGCAAAGGUUCACCUUCCAACAGGACAACGACCCUAAGUACACAGCUAAGACAAUGCAGGAGUGGCUUCCGGACAAGUCUCUGAAUGUCCUUGAGUGGCCCAGCCAGAGCCCGGACUUGAACCAGAUCAAACAUCUCUGAAGAUACCUGAAAAUAGCUGUGCAGCAACGCUCCCCAUCCAAUCUGACAGAGCUUGAGAGGAUCUGCAGAGAAGAAUGUGAGAAACUCCCCAAAUACAGGUGUGCCAAGCUGGUAGCGUCAUACCUAAGAAGACUCGAGGCUGUAAUCGCUGCCAAAGGUGGUUCAACAAAGUACUGAGUAAAGGAUCUGAAUACUUAUGUAAAUGUAAUAUUUCAGUUUUUAGCAAAAAGUUCUAAAAACCUGUUUUUGCUUCGUCAUUAUGGUGUAUUGUGUGCAGAUUGAUGAAUCAAUUUUAGAAUAAGGCUGUAACCUACCAAAAUGUGGAAAAAGUCAAGGGAUCUGAAUACUUUCCGAAGUCACCGUAGAUACAUACAUACAUACUGUGGCAGAUCAGGGGGUUGGGUCAAGACGUUUACACAGAUCAGACACGGACAGAGUAUGAUUAGCUCGGUUUCAAGGGUGUUUAUUAAUAAAAUAAUCAAAAGAAAAGGUUAGGUCUCCCCCAUGAGACCCUCUCCAGGAUACCGUCUUCAACUACACAGAAGUUACCUUACUUCCCCCAGUCCUCCCUCAUGUGCUGCCCUUCUGGCAGCUUUAUGGGCCUUGCACAGCUGGUGAGCAAUCCACCCUUAAUUACUCACCAGCUCCCAAUCAGCCCCAAUUAGUCCUGUCCGGGGAGCCCGUCGAGACCUGGCACGUCCAGCAGAUGGAGCCACCGCCUCGUGAUGUAUACUCCAUCUGUUACCAGGCCUCGACGAAUCUCCCCCUGGUGUGGCUGACCUGCUGUACACCCGCCCCCUCCCCUUAGCUCUGUCGGGGAGGGGGCGGUCAUCAGUGCAACAUCUGUCUCCCUUCUCGAUAGGGCAUCCGCGUUUCCAUGCUUCACCCCUGACCUGUGCACAACAGAAAAAGAGAAGAGUUGAAGGGACAAGAACCACCUGGUGACCCGAUCGUAUGUGUCUUCACUGUGACCAGGGUGAAGUGGGUACCUAACAGGUAAUACUUGAGAGUGUCUAGCGCCCACUUCACCGCCAGACACUCUUUCUCAACAAUUGAUUUUUUUUUUUUGCUCUUGGUAUCAGCUUUCGGAUGAUUUACAUGAUGGGGUGCUCCUCCCCAUCAUGUAUCUGGGACAGAACGGCCCCUAGUCCCCUGGUUAGAUCGGUGAGGGGGGAAGCUAUAGCCGCAAUGUUGGGGAUAAACCGGCUAUAGUAUCCUGCCAGUCCCAGGAAGAACUUGACCUGUGUCUUGGUGCGUGGAACGGGCCAGUCACGUACCGCGUGAACCUUCCUCUCCUGGGGCUUGACGUCCCCCCGUCCAAUCAAAUACACCAGGUACUCCACCUCCUAGAACCCUAGCUUGCAUUUCUUGGGGUUUGCGGUCAACCCAGCUUGUCUGAGCGCAUCCAGCACCGCCUGGAGGCGCGUCAGGUGCUCCUCCCAACCUUGGCUGUGGAUGAUGAUAUCAUCCAUAUAGGCCGCUGCGUACUGCUGGUGGGGUCGAAGCACUCUGUUCAUCAGUCGCUGGAAUGUGGGGGGAGGGGGGCUCCGUGGAGACUGAACGGGAGCACCCGGUACUGGUAUAGACCGUCUGGUGUCGAGAACGUCAUCUUCUCCCGGGAGGAGACUGCCAAUGGUACCUGCCAAUAUCCUUUGGUCAGGUCAAGGGUGCUGAUGUACCGGGCCUUUCCCAAUCGGUCGAUUAGCUCGUCUACCCUCGGCAUGGGGUAGGCAUCGAAUAUGCUUAUGUCGUUCACACCCCAAAAAUCAUUACAGAACCGGAGGCUACCAUCCGGUUUGGGCACCAACACGAUGGGGCUGCACCAUGCACUGUGGGACUCUUCAACGAACCCCAUCCUCAGCAUAGCCUCCACUUCCACGGCCCUCCUCAUCCCGGUCCAGUGGAACCGGGCGGCGAUCCGUUCCCGGGUCUUCUCCAUUCCCAGGUGCACUCCCAACAGGUGGGUGUGGGCCAGCUGAAGAACGGUUCCUACGUACCGUCGGGGCGGCAACAAUACCUCUCGAAGUUCCCCCUGUUGGCACGACACCUGAUACAAAAGGUUAUUCUUAAUUUGGAAAUGGGGGUAUCGCCAGUCACUCACCCCCGGAAGUAGCUGUCCAUCCACCGCUAUUACUUGGGCUGCGGCAGCUUUCAAAUUCGGAUCCUCCCACUGGGCCGUCCCGAAUUGUCCCCUCAGUUGGCCCCCAACGGGGGUCUCGACUGGCCCCUCGAAAUCGAGAAGGGGGAUGCUCGGCUCCUCCUCCAGUGGUUCCCCAGGGGGUUCGGGUUCCGGCUCCCCCUCCCCCUCCGACUCCGACUCCGGACCCGUAGAGUCAGGUUGGUUAACUGGUGGUGCCUGGCCGCACUGGCGAGGGGUCGUCCCCGCUCUCUUCUUUGGCCGGCUCGUAUUUUUUUUCAACUCGUGCCACCAUAGGGCCGUGAACAGCGGACAAUCCCGUCCCACUAGGAUAGGUACCGGCAGCUCUGGUACUGCACCCACCAUCAUCUGGCAGCUCCCUUGUGGUGUCACGAUGUUGGUCCAUACGGCGGGAUACUGCUUUUUGUCACCGUGAAGACAGGAAAUGGACAUCUCCCUACCCCAUUCGGUCUCCUGGUUCAGCAGGCUCGUGGUUACGAGCGUAACCAUGCUUCCGGAGUCAAAUAGCGCUUCCGUGUCGUGUCCGUCAACCUUCACCGGGACCAUGGGUGCAGUUGAUUCAUGGUGCGCCCAACAGGAGGUGACAUAGUUCACGGCGUGACCCACCUGGCCUCCGGUGCUAGCUGAUGGCAUCGACUCCUAUCGAGCAGGGCAAUUGCAGGCCAUGUGCCCCCGGGCACCACACUCAAAACACCUCCAUUGGUCUCCAUCUACCUGGGGUUGUCGGUGGCGGGUCGGCCAUUCCCCAGCCGUCUCUCCACGGGUUUGCGGUCCCUUGGCCCUGCCGACUGUCGGUUCGGGGUACACCACGGUGGGGUUGUCCUUCCGUCCCCUCGCACAGGUCGCCGACUCGUCCCGGCUCCCCCUCAGUAGGGCCUGAGUGUUCUGAUGCGUCUCCACUGCUUCCAGGAGGCCCUCCAAGGUCUGGGGCGCUCAUAGGUUCGCUGCCCUCUUCAUGUCAUGGGGCAGCGCCCGUACGAAGCGAUCCAGGACCACUUUGUCGAGGAGGGAGAGGGUGGAUACGUCGGUUAGGAGCCAUGCCCUGGUGACGCGCAGGUUGCUCUUCGGGUACGAACCUCCAGUCGUUGAACCGUUGAGCCCGAUGGGCCAGGCUGUACCCAUAGCAGCAGAUGGAGCCACCGCCUCGUGAUGUAUACUCCAUCUGUUACCAGGCCUCGACGAGUCUCCCCCUAGUGGCUGACCUGCUGUACGCCACAAUACAUAUAUAGCUACAUACCUACAUAGCUACAUACAUACAUACACAUAUACGUAGCUACAUACAUACAGUUGAAGUCGGAAGUUUGCAUACACUUAGGUUUGGAGUCAUAAAAAACUUGUUUUUCAACCACUCCAGAAAUGUCUUGUUUACAAACUAUAGUUUUGGCAAGUUGGUUAGGACAUCUACUUUGUGCAUGACACAAGUAAUUUUUCCAACAAUGGUUUACAGACAGAUUAUUUCACUUAUAAUUCACUGUAUCACAAUUCCAGUGGGUCAGAAGUGUACAUACACUAAGUUGACUGUGCCUUUCAACAGCUUGAAAAACGGAGUUUAAAUGUAUUUGGCUAAGGUGUUUGUAAACUUCCGACUUCAACUGUACAUACAUACAUACAUACAUACAACAAAAGCUGUUCUGUGUGUGUUGCUUAUGGCUGUCCAUUGAUGUUAAUGAUGUCGCUCCCAAUUGUGGUCAUUGCGCCUUUGCAGACAGUAAAUUAAUAGCUAGCUGUUAUGUGUGUAAUAACGCUGUCCGUCCCUUCCAUUCUCUUUCUCUCUCUCUCUCCCUCUCAGGCAUGCCCUGGACAUCCGUGAGCACUAUGAGAGGAAGCUGGAGAGAGCCAACAACCUCUACAUGGAGCUCAAUGCUGUCAUGUUACAGCUGGAACUAAAGGAGAAAGAGCUACUCAAGUAAUAUUCAUAUUUAUUGUUGCACACCUUACAAUCAAUAUCCACCUGUGUAUACAACAUUCAUGGUUAUCUGCCAAAGACACAUGGAGGGAGAGGGAAUAGCAGACCUAAUGUAAUACAUAAUACAGACGUUUGUGAUGUGUUUGUUGUGUUCAAGGAAUGAAUGAAUGAAUGAACGAACAAACAAACAAUGUUGUGUGUGUGUUUCCCAGGAGGGAGCAGUCCCUGGAUAAGAAGUACCCAGGAUGCAUCAAACACCACAGCUCCAGACAAGAACGCUCACCCAACUCCAUGGAGAAACUCAUCAAGAAACGCAACGUACCUCAGAAACUGGCAUCUCACAGCAAGAGGUGAGACUGAGGAGGGGGAAACCAAUGAACCAUUCACACUCACUAAUCCCACAUAUUCAAUCCCUGUCUGUAUAUACUGUAUGUGUUUUGGAUUAAAUAGCAUGUAACACUUAUAGGGCAUACAGUUAUUAUGUAUUAUUACUUGUUGUAAGCAUGCACAGUAUGCGCCUUCAAUGUAUAUAGUUUAUUUGGAUACAAGGGUAAAGGCUGUAGCUGCAUCCAUUUCUCUUGACUUGACUUUGACUUUAUUGAUUCAGUGUACAGAAACUGUAGACUUUACUCACUGUGUGUUCCAGUAGGCCAGACCUGCUAAAGUCAGAGGUGAUCCUCCCCAAACUGGACUCCUCCAUGACCCAGGUGACCAUCCCCUCCUGCCCCCAGAAGGGCUCCACGUCCCCGGGGAGGUCGCGCCGGGCCAAGCCCCGCUACAGGAAGGCAGGGAAGGGCAGCAGUGGAGACCUGGCUGGGCUGAAGGCAGCCUUGUCCUCUACCCUGGGCUUGGCUAAUACUAUGUCACUGACCACCACCAACACCACCAACACCACCUCCACACCCAGGUAUUUACACUGAGUGUACAAAACAUUAAGAACAACUUCCUAAUAUUGAGUUGCACCACCCCCCCUAUUUGCCCUCAGAACAGCCACAAUUUGUCAUGUCAUGGCAUCAAAACCCAGCAGCGUUGCAGUUCUUGACACAAACCGGUGCGCCUGGCACCUACUACCAUACCCGUUCAAAGGCACUUAAAUCUUUUGUCUUGUCCAUUCACCCUCUGAAAGGCACACAUACACAAUCCAUGUCUCAAUUGUCUCAAGGCUUAAAAAUCAUGAUUUAACCUCUCCUUCCCUUCAUCUACACUGAUUGAAGUGAAUUUAACAAGUUACAUCAAUAAGGGAUCUUAGCUUUCACCUGGAUUCACCUGGUCAGUCUAUGUCAUGGAAAGUUAAUAAUGUUUUGUACACUCAGUGUAUAUUGAAAGCUAUCCUCUACUUGAUGUGUAGUUGUGUGCAUUUGUUUUUAUGUGUCCAGUCUGUGUUUCUAUCUCAAUUAAUCUUUCCUUGAUUCCUCGCAACCUCUGUCAAAGAAGAAGAAGGUUCGAGGGGAGGGACCUUGGACCUUCUCCUCCAAUACAAUUGAGAAAAAUGUGAGGAAUCGCAAAAAGACGCAUUGAGAUGGAGCCAGGGUGUAAUUUUGCUGCAACCAAAUCGCCCUUCAGGGCCCACAAUAAAGAUGUAUUCUCCCCCCCAGCAGCAAGCAGCACCUGGACCCCAGCGCAGCCCUAAGAGGUCUCCAACAUGACCUGCUGCUGAAGAAGAUGUCCUCGUCCAGUCCCAGACCUUAUCUCCACCACUCUGGAGGCAGAGGGCCGCCACAGGGGACAGGAGAAGCCCGGCCUGGAGAGAGGGGGCAGCCAGAGCGCCUCUGCUGGCCUGGGAGGAGGAGGUGAUGAAUAGUUAUAAUAAUGUCCCAUAGGGAAAUUUGCUAGUAAUAUACAGGGAUACAUUGCAUACAUAUUAUGUACGUCCCAAAUUGCAACCUAUUCCCUACAUAGUGCACUACUUUUAACUAGAGACCUAUGGUAGUGCACUAUAAAGGGAAUAGUGUGCCAUUUGGGACACAUCCAUAAUAGAUCACAUACAACACUUCAGUCACAGGACAUAAUACACAAGACAUGAUCAGACAGACAUUCGUUAUUAAAUACACUGUAGAUGUUGGGUUAUGGUGUAUAGUCCUUCUGUAUUUAGGAAAUAAGGAAACUGACGCUGGUUGGUAUGAAUGACUUGCAGGUCGAGGAGGAGGUCGAGGUGGAGGAGGGACAGACGAUCAGACAGAGACCCCAAUUCGUAGUGACACCCCCAGCGAGGAGGCGGCCUCCAUCCCGUUCUCCAGUAGCCCAGAUUCACCCUGUGGGAGGGGGGCGACAGCAAGUGGGUCGGUGCUGGGAGGCCCAGGGAGAAUACCCCAGGAUGGGGAGGAGAAGGAGGAGGAGGAGACAGGGAUCAUAAGGUCACCCAGGAGCCACCUCACACCUGCAGCACUGCUCUACCGGAAACAGGUCACACGCAAACAGGUAGGUCUGUCACAGUACUGUAAUAAAGAUGCUGGGCCAGAAAAAGCUGUUUCGAAUAAGAAAAUAAUGCAUUGUCUGUAGUGCAUGCGGUGCUGGUUCUUUUCUUUAAAAUAUUCCAACAAUGUUCCAAAUAAAUUGAGAAAAAGGUUGUAAGAUGAAGCUGAUCCCUUUCUAAGUCUUAUCAUAUCUCUUCCCUGUCUCCUCCAGAGACGUGGUGUGUCCUCAGAGGAAGAGGAAGGGGAGGUGGACAGUGAGGUGGAGUUACCACGGAGACGGUGAGAAUAUACAUCUUAUACAUUAUACUGUAUAUAGUCAAGAUUAUAGUGUAUUAUUGGUGUGAUAAAAAGAGCUUGUGUCUGAGUUUGAGAGCCCCAUUAUUUCAUCUAUUUCCUCUCUUCCCCAUGCAGUCGGCCAGUGAGCAUCAACAAGUGCCAGUCCCUGUCUACCUUCAGCUCUGAGAACCUGUCAGCAGUGUCCGUGUCGGACGGAGAGGAGGGCAACACCAGCGACCACUCCCACAGUGGCACGCCGGACGUGGUCAGCACCAACACAGAUGAACGCCUGGACGACAAGAGCGACGACCUUCUGUCCCAGGGGUCGGAGAUCCCUGCCGACCCUGCCCUUGACCCAGCUGAAGGCCUAUCAGAGGAGGCCACCAUCCGCCAGGUCAAGACCCACCUCAACACAGAGCAGAACUAUGAGGUAGGAAGGGACAGGGUUACUAUGGGAACUGUAGAACUAUGAGGUGGGGUACCGUGACAACUAGAGCUAUGACCAAGGGUUACCGUGACAACUAGAACUAUUGUAGGGUUACCAUGAGAACUGUUAUGUUUAGCAAUAAUCGACCGAGAAAUGAUGAGAGACGGAAUCCCCAUUAUAAUGCAUGCUCUGAUCAUUAAGGCUGCCAUCACUAUAACAGAAUAUAGGUCUACAUUUGGAUUUUGCUCUUGAGUAGGGAUCAGUGGCGGCCGCUGAUUGGCUGGGGUGUGGGCGUGGGGGUGGUCGUGGUUGAAGUUGUCAACAAAACAGCAUGACAGAAAUAUGGCAAGUUUUAGAAAUACUGGUAGUUUCUUUGAGAAGAUAUUUAAAGCGAUCUGUGCAUUUGAACAACAGCAUAAAUACACCUAUUUCACUUUUGCAUGUUAAAAAACAAAUGACCAAUGCUGCACAUGCUGCCACUGUUUUGAACAGAUUAUAUUAUAUUAUAUAGAACGAGCAGCCAGCUCACGAACAAACAAGUGCCCCAGGGAGAACGCAACAAGUAUGCAGAUGCAAUAAGUGAAAACACAUGAUCUAACUGGGAUAGCUAAUGUCACAAACCUUGAUGUGCUAGCCAGUUAACUUUCAUUAUGAAAUAACUUCACAUUUACGAGUAAGUCAGAUAUUAGUUUAGAUAGAUUUGAAAUUGGCAUGGGAGCUAACUAGAUAGCAAGCUACCAGCUAGCUAUAGCUAGCUAACUACUUAUCAAAGGUAGAUAACUGGUUAAUUUGACCAAAACAUUUACCAAACUAUUUUUCAAUGUUUCUCAAAAUUACUGUAGCUGGCUAAUUAAUUUGAUCAUGCUUUGUGAUACACCGGUUUUAUGCUGUUUUAGUCCACCCAACAUGCCGCCCUGUCACCUACAGUAGAACCUGAUGAACACCGUGGGGGGGAAACAAUCAAAUUGUCUAGCCACAGUCAUGCUUUUUUGUCCUACUACAUCCGCAAUGAGAAAGUUCUAGCAAGUGUAUCCAUCUGUCCUUGGACUCUUGUUGGAUGUAGAUGUCCCGUUUAUCAGGUCCCAGGCUCCAAUGACUGUUAUGAUUAUUUAUUUCCAAGUUAAUUACAAUUAGCUCUUUGUUUUAACGCCAUCUGUACCUGAUAGAGCAGAUCUAGUCUCAUGUGCGGAAGAAAGCAUUCUGGUGCGAGAGACUCAUUAGGAGGGAGGCUAGAGCAGACCCAGAAGUUCUGACUGAGCGCACAUUUGAGUGCCCCAGGACGGUCCAUUUACCUUGUGCUGUCAAAAUUGAUGCUAUGCGAUUUCACAGCUUGUUUUGAACAAUAUACACUCUAUAUACAAAAGUACAGUGCAUUCGGAAAGUAUUCAGAACCCUUGACUUUUCCCACAUUUUGUUACGUUACAGCCUUAUUCUAAAAUUGAUUAAAUUGUUAUAUUCCCUCAUCAAUCUACACACAAUACCCAAUAAUGACAAAGCAAAAACAGUUUUUUUUACAAUUGAAAUAUCACAUUUACAUAAGUAUUCAGACCCUUUACUCAGUACUUUGUUGAGGCACCUUUGGCAGCGAUUACAGCCUUGAGUCUUCUUGGGUAUGACGCUACAAGCUUGGCACACCUGUAUUUGGGGAGUUUCUCCAAUUCUUCUCUGUAGAUCGUCUCAACCUCUGUCUGGUUGGAUGCACAGCUAUUUUCAGGUCUCUCCAGAGAUAUACGAUCGGGUUCAAGUCUGGGCUCUGGCUGGGCCACUCAAGGACAUUCAGAGACUUGUCCCGAAGCCACUCCUGCGUUGUCUUGGCUGUGUUGUUAGGGUAGUUUUUCUGUUGGAAGGUGAACCUUCGCCCCAGUCUGAGGUCCUGAGUGCUCUGGAGCAGGAUCUCUCUGUACUUUGCUCCGUUCAUCUUUCCCUCGAUCCUGACUAGUCUCCCAGUCCCUGCCGCUGAAAAACAUCACCACAGCAUGAUGCUGCCACCACCAUGCUUCACUGUAGGGAUGGUAUUGGCCAGGUGAUGAGCGGUGCCUGGUUUCCUCCAGACAUGAUACUUGGCAUUCAGGCCAAAGAGUUCAAUCUUGGUUUCAUCAGACCAGAGAAUCUUGUUUCUCAUGGUCUGAGAGUUCUUUAGGUGCCUUUUGGCAAACUCCAAGCGGGCUGUCAUGUGCCUUUUACUGAGGAGUGCCUUCAGUCUGGCCACUCUACCAUAAAGGCCUGAAUGGUGGAGUGCUGCAGAGAUGGUUGUCCUUCUGGAAGGUUCUCCCAUCUCCACAGAGGAUCUCUGGAGCUCUGACAGAGUGACCAUCAAGUUCUUGGUCACCUCUCUGACCAAGGCCCUUCUCCACCGAUUGCUCAGUUUGGCCGGGCGGCCAGCUCUAGGAAGACUCCUGGUGGUUCAAAACUUCUUCCAUUUGGAGGCCACUGUGUUCUUGGGGACCUUCAAUGCUGCAGAACUUUCUUGGUACCCUUACCCAGAUCUGUGCCUCGACACAAUCCUGUCUCGGAGCUCUACGGACAAUUCCUUCGACCUCAUGGCUUGGUUUUUGCUCUGACAUGCACUGUCAACUGUGGGACCUUAUAUAGACAGGUGUGUGCCUUUCCAAAUCAUGUCCAAUCAAUUGAAUUUACAACAGGUGGACUCCAAUCAAGUUGUAGAAACAUCUCAAUGAUGAUCAAUGUAAACAGGAUGCACCUGAGCUCAAUUUUGAGUCCUAUAGCAAAGGGUCUGAAUACUUAUGUAAAUAGUAUUCAAAAUUGAAAAAACUUUUUUCACUUUGUCAUUAUGGGGUAUUGUGUGUAGAUUGAUGAGGGGGGAAAAAGUAUUUAAGCAAUUUUUGAAUAAGGCUGUAAUGUUUUUAAAAAUGUAGAAAAAGUGAAGGGGUCUGAAUACUUUCCGAAUGCACUGUAUGUGGACACCCCUUCAAAUUAGUGGAUUUGGCUAUUUCAGCCACACCCGUUGAAGACAGGUGUAUAAAAUCGAGCACACAGCCAUGCAAUCUCCAUAGACAAACAUUGGCAGUAGACAUUCAACGUGGCACCGUCAUAGGAUGCCACCUUUCCAACAAGUCAGUUCGUCACAUUUCUGCCCUGCUAGAGCUGCUCCGGUCAACUGUAAGUGCUGUUACUGUGAAGCGGAAACGUCUAGGAGCAACAACAGCUCAGCCUCGAAGUGGUAGACCACACAAGCUCACAGAACGGGACAGCCGAGUGCUGAAAUAAUAAUAAUAAUAAUAAUAUGCCAUUUAGCAGACGCUUUUAUCCAAAGCGACUUACAGUCAUGCGUGCAUACAUUUUUUUUGUGUAUGGGUGGUCCCGGGGAUCGAACCCACUACCUUGGCGUUACAAGCGCCGUGCUCUACCAGCUGAGCUACAGAGAAGCGCGAAGUGUGUAAAAAACGUCUGUCCUCGGUUGUAAAACUCACUAUCGAGUUCCAAACUGCCUCUGGAAGCAACGUCAGCACAAGAACAUGCUCGGGCCAUGGAAAUGGCUUUCCAUGGCCCGAGCAGCCGCACACAAGCCUAAGAUCACCAUGCGCAAUGCCAAGCGUUGGUUGGAGUGUUGUAAAACUCGCCGCCAUUGGACUCUGGAGCAGUGAAAACGCAUUCUCUGGAGUGAUGAAUCACGCUUCACCAUCUGGCAGUCUGGCGGACGAAUCUGGGUUUGGCAGAUGCCAGUAGAACGCUAGCUGCCCCAAUACAUAGUGCCAAUGGUAAGGUUUGGUGGAGGAGGAAUAAUUGUCUGGGGCUGUUUUUCAUGGUUCGAGCUAGGCCCCUUAGUUCCAGUGAAGGGAAAUCUUAACGCUACAGCAUACAAUGACAUUCUUGACGAUUCUGUGCUUCUAACUUUGUGGCAACAGUUUGGGGAAGGCCCUUUCCUGUUUCAGCAUGACAAUGCCCCCGUGCAGAAAGCGAGGUCCAUACAGAAAUGGUUUGUCGAGAUCAGUGUGGAAGAACUUGACUGGCCUGCACAGAGCCCUGACCUCCACCCCAUCGAACACGGAUGAAUUGGAACGCCGACUGGCCUAAUCACCCAACAUCAGUGCCUGACCCCACUAAUGCUCGUGGCUGACUGGAAGCAAUUCCCUACAGCAAUGUUCCAACAUCUAGUGGAAAGCCUUCCCAAAAGAGUGGAGGCUGUUAUAGCAGCAAAGGGGGGACCAACUCCAUAUUAAUGCCCAUGAUUUUGGAAUGAGAUGUUCGACGAGCAGGUGUCCACACACCUUUGGUCAUGUAGUGUAUUUUUUAAACAGGAAAAUGUACACAUUAACACACUUUUAUGAGCAUUUAAAACAUAAUCCAUGAAUUAUUGAAUCAAUUGUUUUCAAUACAAUUUUCAAUUUUUUUCUCCAUAACGCCUUAAUGGGCAGGCCGCCACUGGUAGGGCCCAUCCUUUUCCCUGAUCACUAGGACCCAGUUUUAGGUGAAAUGAUAUUUCCAGGUCAGGUAAUACUCAGGUGGCAUGGCUAGAAAAAACUGUAUUAAUAACCAGUCGCAAUGCAGUAAUGCCCAUCCUCUAACUCUAACUCUGCCUCUCCUCCUCACUCCAGAGUCUGUAUGAUGACUCUGACUGUGACAGUGCUGAGCUGGACUACUCAGGCUGCACAGAGCCCCAGCCCCAGAGGCCCCCCAGCACCAACUGGUGA